UAGGGACAUGUCACUAAAUUCGUGAAACGAAGUUUUAUUUAGUUAGAAUUAUUGAAUGUGAAGAUAAAGAACUGACUGGUUAAGUUGAUAAUGUGAAAUCGAUUUCGUUUUGAAUUAGAUAAGGCUGUCUCUAGGUGCUAUAGGCUUAGACCCCUAAAGUUAAAUCACAUCGUAGUUUUUGGAUGUAGUACGGCGACGUGUAUCUUAACGUAAAAAUCAGUAUUUCUAUAUGAAAAUACGAUGGAACCAAGUGUUGCUAUUGGUUCUAAGUUUGCUUCUAAAACGAGUCCAAGAAAACUCCCUCCUCUACCUAUCGUAGAUAAAGACAAUAGAGCUAGUGAAAAGUUUAAAACGUCAUCAUCUAUAUCAAACGUUAGUAAAUUAAAGAAAGGCCUUACUUCAGAUCUUGAUGAUGAAAACAGUGAAACUGCAUCGUGUAGACCUAGUACAACUACUAGUGGCUCUGAGUAUAACUAUAAUGGUGAUGUUGAAGUUGUGACUGAACAUAACAUAGGUAAAAAGAAUAUUAAAUCACGGAUUAAGGAAGUGUUAUCAAAAGAUGGGAAUGAGGUUACUGCUUCCGAGAAGAAUAGGCCUAAACGGAUUCAUCAGAGUGGAAGUGAAAUUCAAGAUUUUGCUCCACACGUACAAGAUGAAAUAUUAUUAGGGCAUCACCAAGACACGGACCUUCAUUUGGAUCACAAGUUACCUGCAGCAGAGCCUGAUGUAAUUAAUACAAAAAACAAUAAAACCAAGAAGAUUUCUACAAAUAAACAUUCCAACGUUUCCACUGGGGAACAUCAAUCUAACAAACCCACCUUCACAGAUGCUGAUGAACAAAAUCCAAAUUUUACACCCAGAAAAUUAAAGAAAAGAAAAAGAAAUAAAGAAAAUGAUUCCAUGACAAAACUCAGUUCGGAUUUUUGUAACAAGUCAAUAUUAGAAACAACAGACAUGUCAGUGCUUGAAAGUGAUAUUUCUGAAUGUGAAUAUCCAGCUCAAAGACAAAGUGGUGUAGGCCUAAAUUUAAAUCAAGAAAUUUGCAACAUCAGUCAUCCAGUUAAUAAGCUUUUUGUUGAGCAAGAACGUGGGUUUACGGCUGUAAAAAAGGAUGUCAUCGCUCAUUCAUUUCUACCAACUUAUAGUCCUGGGAAUCAAACUGCAUCAUUCAGUUCUUCAGCGGCUGGUUUGGCUGCACAUAGUCAAAAACUCUUUCAGAGAUUUUCUGUGUUAUGCCACGGAUUUCUCGCAGGUGUUGCACUGUGGCAGUGUGUAAUUGUUUAUCAGAUCGGACCUCCGAUAUUUGACUCUUCAGACUUUAUUACUCAUUAUGCUUCCUUGGCCAAGCCAUUUCAGACAAUGUUCUAUUUUCUCCUAGCAAUUUGCAUGCUUUCUGCUUUUGACAGAUAUGACAUUGUUUGUCCCAACUGGUCAUUUCUUUACAACUCUUCAGUUCUGAAGUCUGGAGUAUUUGCCAUAUUGAUCUAUUGUGUGACAUUAAUUCUUUCACUGUGUAUCAGCAACGUAGAUGACAAGCUAGCUCUGUAUGUCCACAAUAACAACGCCACAAGUUGGAGAACUUUAGAAAAUAUGAACAUGGAAAGUGAAGUGAUACAGUGGAGGAACUUAAACCUUGCUCGUUGUAUCGGAGUUAUCCUCGGUUGGCUUCUACUCUCAUUCCAGACAGACAAAGGAAGACUUCAGAGAGACUUAGAAGAAAUGUGUGUGGAAAACUUCAGAGAGACUUAGUAGAAAUGUGUUGUUUCUCAAACACAAUAAGUUGUUUUUUAAAAAAUGAGUUUUAUUUAUUGUUGCUCUACAUAAUAACACAGAGAGUAAUAGCUAACUCUAAAAAUGAAAGUAAUAUUAACCUUGAAAUAAUUGUGUUUACGUAGAUAAAUUGUGCUGUAGUAUAGUCCGAAAAUUUGUAUACUCCAAACAGAAAUAAAAGUGACACCUAGUGUCAGUCACUGUAUGCUCAUUUUUUGUUUCAAAAUAAAAACAUCAUUUGAACAACUGUGUUGUUCUGAAGUAACUGGAGUGAUGGUAAAUAUUUUGAAGCUCAGUUUGCGAUCAGCUAAUUACAAGCAUGUCUAGAUAAAUUGAAAAAUAAAAGUUAUGAAAAAUCUGUCUGAUGUUAUGAAAUGUUUUCAUUCUUUCCUAACUAGUAUGUUCUAUAAGCUUAUACUUUAUUGGCCCUAUUUCUGUGUUACGUCCAUACAAGUUAUUACGAGUUUGGAGUUUAUCUCCUUUGAAGAAAUUCAAUAGGAAUUAUAGUAGACGUAAGAAAUCCAAGGAUUGUGGGAUACCGUAUUAGGACUUUAGCCUUUUAUAUUUUCGUCUUUCUCCUGCGCUGGUGUGAUUGUACCACAGUAGCCAGUUAUAGCUUUUAAACGAACUAGAGUUAAAUGAACUCAUGCCUAAUAAUAUUUCUUGUGUUCAUUUUAUUCUCUGAAUAACAUUUUCACAACUUGGGUUUCAUGAAUACUUAAACUUAUCAGCCUGGAAUGUAGCAAAGUAGGAGCAUUUAUUCAGGCCAAAGCUGAUGCUACGUUACAUCAACACUGGCUAAAUGGUUGAACGCUUCUGGCAGGGCAAUAUAAUUAUUAUUGAUUUUCAUAUUCUACAGUCAUAUUUAGUUUUGGUAUAAUAAAGGCUUAGAUGACGAAUUUGUAACCAAGCUACAGCAAAUGAAAGUUUAAAGAGUGCCACACAAUUCGCGAAAGUUAAAAUGUAUUUAUACGCCAUAUUAGAAAGAAGCGUUAUUGAAUUAUAAGUAACUGGUAGCUGGAUAGUUUUCUUUUUUGUUCCAUAUUGUUUCUACUGGUACGAUCGUGAAUAUAUUUUGAACUUUUACUUUAAUGGAUUGGCGUAUGUCAUCCAGUACACAAUAUUU